AUGGUAUGGAACUUGGCUGGAAAGCGGCAAAUCAAACGCCAAAUGAGAGGCGAGAACAGCCUCGCGCGGGAUGAACCCCAUGACGCGACCGACGACGCGACCGGCGCGUACCGGGAUGAGCGACCUCACGACUGGUCCAACUUUCUUGGACAAACAGGAAGACUAAUGGAUGGACUGGAAAGUGGAUCAGAGUUAUCAGUUGCAGGAGCGACGCGGACUGGCUGGGGAGAUGAGUGGCUGCAGGCCUGCAACCCCAGCGUAAGGGGGGCGACAGCCAACGAGAACGAACGCAGGUGUGGUGAGUGGAGUCGCCGAUCAACAAACCAGAGAUGA